AUGAUGGAAAUAUGUACCAGAACUUGGAAUGAAAUAGAGAGAUUGGGCCAGAAACCAAUAAUGGACUUUGAACAUUGCUUUGGAAUGAUUGAUAUGGUAUACAAGUCAAGAAGGUUAAUGCCAACAGCAGAAUUUGACCUGACCCAUUAUUCUCUAUCAAAAAAUGAGGUUGAAAAUUACGCAAAUAUUGACAUUUAUUCAGGGGAGCUCAAGGAAAUUACUGGUGAAGAUCAAAAUAAGAUUGAUUCUUUAUUAUUGAAUAAAAGUGAACCAAAAAGAAGUUUGGCAUUAAAGAUUCCAGAAAGUUAUGAUUUAAGAAGUAAUGAUGCCAAUCGGAAAAGUGGCGGAAGCUGUAUUACUUUUCCAGAUAACCAAGGAAAAUGUGCAAAUUGUUAUAAUUUCUCGGCUUUAUCUGCAAUAGAAGGGGCAACAUGUAGGCAAUUGGGAAAAUUGAUUCCCCCCCUUUCCCAACAGCAUUCUCUUGACUGCUGGCUUCAAAGUAAGGGUGCAGCAAAAGCUUGUAGUGGCGGCCAGACUUUUGAAGUAUUUAACUAUGCUAUUAAGUCAAAGGUAUGUACAAAAGACUCAUAUCCACCAACUACAUAUAAAACUGGUAAAGUUGGGGAAUGCAAGGCUAAUUGUGAAGAGUGCGUAGCAAUAAAAAACUUUAAAUGGAGCUAUACUGGCUCGAGUGUCUUAUAUGAAGAUCCUUGGGAUGUGAUUACUGAUGCAAUAUAUAAUUAUGGACCAGUUACAGUGAGUGUUUGUUCAUUAAUGCCUGGUUUCAAUUUGUAUUCUGGCGGAUACUAUGAACCACCGACUUGUGGAAGUAUAUGGUGUGGGACGAGACAAGUAGAUCAUGCAGUAACUUUAGUGGGAUAUGGAGUAAGUGCUCAGGGAAAGAGGUACUAUAUAAUGAAAAAUAGUUGGGGUUUGAGUUGGGGUAAUAAGGGUUUUAUGAAUAUAAGUGCUGAUAUGUGCAGUACAUUUUUCAAUCCAGGAUGGGUAACUUCAGUAACUAUGGAUGGUAUUUCAGAACAUUGUUUAAAUAAAGAGCCAGAACAGAGUGAGAUAGCAAAUGAUUUUGUGAUUUAA